CGGCGCCGGGGUAUCCCCGUCCACCGUACCAUUUCGCGUCACCGGCUUCGACUGGCUUGAGAGGAGGCACCCAGCUGCCUCCUUAGCACCGAAACUCGUUAAACGCCGACGUAUUGACGUUUCGCGCGCGUAUCUCGCUCGCAGCGGGUGUCUCAGCGACGCACGGCGUCAGGACGCGGUCUCUAUCUCCGUGUGCUGGUGUUUCAGUGAGGAUAGCGAACGGAGGAGGACUGACAUCCGGUCGAGUUUCUGCACAAACAGGUUGCCGGGGACAUUCCAGAGCGAAGAGGCGCUCCGCAGCUUGCUCGCCAGUAAACCCCGGUAUCAUGUUUUAGUGUUCAAACGGACGACGAUGGUAGUGCGCUAGAAUGAGAAGGAAGGACAUGAGUCGACGUUUGACGGAAUGACAAUUGACGUCUCUUGUCCGCGCGAGCUGACACUUGACGGAAGCUACUAAAUUUGAGAAAAAUGUUUCGACGAGAAAUAGAAGACGGAUCCGUAAGCCAAUGAUGUGACUCAUGUGUCGGUUCGAGCGCGAUGACGGAGAAUACGAGUGCGUUGACAGGUCAUCGAUAGCGAUUAGUGCGACUGGUUUCGUGACUGUGGCUCGAGUCGGCGAGCUCCCUGCGAAGAUUGUCGAGGACUCGAACAUGUUAGGCCAGUGAAUGAGACUUGAUAAACCGUGUGGAGUUCCCGUGAACAGUUUUAGGACGUAAAUGCGUUAUCGGAAGAAUGCGCGGUGCUUGAAGGGUUGAGUUGCCGUGGCCUCGCGACUGGCUGCCGAAAGCCACCAGGCGAGUGUCUCGAGCUUUCUAAUUUAGCUCCUUCCUACAUCCGCGCGGCAUGUGCACCACGGAGAUGACUGAAUCGUACACGAUGUCGCCGUCGACAACGGUAUCUUCCAGCGCCGCGACGCCCGGCUGCGUGAGUGGCUCGUCGGCGCACCGACGGACGUCGUGCAGAGGCUCGCCGGGUCGAGGAGACGUUCAGGACGACGAGGACGAGAUCUCCGUGGGCUGUCCCAGCCCGCUGCCGCUGGUAGUCGCGACGCCCAAUACGGAGGAUGAGUUAGCCUCCUCCAGGGAGGAUUACGCCGACCGUCUGAGCCCCAGAAGAACUUAUCCACGAGAUUCGAUGACGGAGGACGAGGACAGGGAUUAUUCCCGCAACGGGGAAUACAGAAUGUCCAAUGGAAGAACUGGCAGCAGGACUCGCGAGAGCGGCGAUUCGGUCACCACGCUCAGGGACGACGAGGAGGACGAGGACGAGGAGGAUGAGGUGGACAGCAGGACCGGGAGCAACGGAGCGGCAGCCGCUGGUACCACGGAUGACUACUUUAAGCCGCUGAAGCGCCUGAAAAUGGUGCCGAUGCAGCACUCGGACGAGGAAGAUGAGAGGGAACGGGAAUCCAAUGACCGUGGAGUCAAGUCUUUCAGUAUCCUCGAUAUCCUGUCGCAUCGGCCGAAGGCGAAGAUCGUCCGUCCCUGGGAUACGGCGGACUCCGGCCUCAGCCAUCAGCACCGUCAUCACCUGCAGCAGCAGCAUCAUCACCAGCACCAUCUGCACCACCACCAUCACCACAGUAGUCACCCGAGUCACGCGACCGGGCCCCGGGAUCUAUCGCUGAUGGGAAUGUCACUCGCGUCCAUGUCCGGUUCCAUCAGCGAGCCGCCCCUCAGCAGCUCCUCGUCGUCCGGAAGGAGCUCCGUGUCGGAUUCCGGUAGCCCGGACCCGCUCGCCCAUCAUCACCAUCAUCACGCCGCGCUUCAUCACGCGGGCAUUCAUCCCGGCUUGCAUCAUCCGGCGCUCCAGCAGCCGCAGCAGCAGCAGCUCAAGAGGAAAAUGCCGCAGCAGCACGGCUCCCACGCUGGCCAAAACGGCAAGAGAACCACAGGGCAGGGCAGUCCCUUGGACGCACUCUUCCAAAUGACCAGCAAGACCUUUGACGCGGGCGAGCACAGUCAGGAGCAAGCCAAUCACUUGAACCUGUUCAACAAUCGUCAGCAGCCGAAGAAGAAGCGCAAGAGUCGGACCGCGUUCACGAAUCAGCAGAUAUUCGAGCUGGAGAAAAGAUUCUUGUAUCAGAAGUACUUGAGCCCAGCCGACAGGGACGAGAUCGCCGCUCAGCUGGGUCUGAGCAAUGCCCAAGUGAUCACGUGGUUCCAAAACAGGAGGGCGAAGCUCAAGAGGGACAUGGAAGAGCUUAAGAAAGACGUACAGACUGUGAAUCCACUUUUGGUCGCUCAACAUCACAAGACUUUCCUAGAGAACGUGCAAGAUCUGGGAAUCUUGAAGAAACGACCAUUGCCAAACUCCAUGGACGAGAAAUCGUAGAGGUCGACUCGAAAUUUCGCCUCUUCGACUUUCUGUGUGCAAUCGAGGCUCGACGGGGGAAUCGGACAACGGACAAUUACUCGUGUAAUAUCGUCAAGUAUUUUUGACCGAAAGGAAAGCUCGAAACGUCAUACAUAAUUUCAUGUUACGGUGUAUUAUUCGGAGACAAGCACGUACGAAAAUUAUUUUAAGCGCCAACGAAUGCAUUUUAUACGAUACGGUUUUCUUUUUACGUACGACCCAGUCGCAUUUUAAUAUUCUUUCUUGAAGAAAUUGUGAAGAGAAAGUUUCAUGAUAAAGGAUAUCUUCUAAAAGUUAUCUGUUUAAUAAUCUAUUACCAUUCAACGUUCAAACUUCUUUUUUUCUCAAAACUGUAAACUGUUUACGUUAUUAUUUCAUCCAAUCUCUCGACAAGAGAAUAUUCUAUUUUCUAUUCUAUCCAUACAAUGGUCCAGUUUAUAUAUACUGAAAUAUGACUGAUGCGAAGGAGAAAAAUAUAUCACUUUACAAUUUUCAAAAGAAAUUUUCGUUGUGCUUGUUAGAACUGAAAAAAGUGGCGUUCUUAUGUCGUAAUUUACGGCUUUAAGUGGAAAGCGUAUCAUAGUCCGCUGCAAUUUUACGCGCAGAGCGCGGUGUAUUAUAAUGUAUUUAUUAUAAAAUGGAGAAAGUGUGAGAGGAAUGGGCCGUGAGGAGGGUCCCGGUUAAAACGGUCGAUAAUAAAUUAUUAAAUGAAUAUUAUUCCGUAAAUUAUAAAUAACCACGCGUUGUGGCGCCAUUGUGUACAUAUAUUGUAUAUAGGUAUACAUCGUUCCCUUGAUAAUGUUACGUAUAGGCAUGAUAGAGACCGUUAUACAUUGAUUAGAGUUAAAAGAAAUCAUAAGAGCAUAGAUGGGACACUGCAAUAUACCUGAUUAUGAGUUUAAUUAGUGAAUUUUAGGAGCGAGUAAAAUGUAUAUCUGCAUACGGCGAUUCGUAAAGUGAUAGUGAGGUGCGUGAGACUAAAAACUAGGAGCGCGUGUGUAAACCGACUUAGUACAGUGUAUAGCGAAGCUAAAUAAAUGGAAACAUUAUUGAAA